UAGGCGAUAUGGACGUGUAGGGGGAGUGUUCCAGGCAGAAACUGCAAACACAGACCCAGAGGUGAGCGGAGCCGGUGUGUCUGAAGAAAUCCGCUGCUAGCCUCUAUGUGCACUGCACGACCACUCGGAGCAAGCCUAGAGGCCAGCAUAGUGAGAAUGAACUACAAGGACAAGAGUAGCAGGUGGGGUUGGAGGGCUAAUGAAGAGCAAGACGGUGCAAGGCUGUGAGGUCACAGGACUCUAGCUUUUAUUGGGAGAGAGAUGAGCAGCCACGGGAGGGUUCUGUGCAGAGGAAUGGCGUGCAGGCCUUGGCUAUGACAGCACAGCCUAUGCUGCUGGAGCCUUGCGGCUGGUGUGAGUUUGUGGUCCUGCUCAGGGUCCCGACGGGAGCCCUAAGGGUGGGCUAAUGUGCCGGGCCGUGGGCCAUGAUCCAGCUCCUCCCCCCGAUUGCAGCGUGAAAGAGGGUGCCAACAAGGAGGUGCUGGGGAUCCUGGUGUCGUACAGGGUCAAGGUGAAGCUGGUGGUGGCCCGCGGUGGGGAUGUCUCAGUGGAGCUGCCUUUUGUUCUUAUGCACCCCAAGCCCCAUGACCACGUCACCCCCCCCAGACCUCAGACAGCUACUCCUGAAACAGAUGCCCCUGUGGACACCAACCUCAUUGAAUUUGAUACCAAUCCCAUUGCCGCUCUAACACCUCGGUCUGUGGGCGGAGAGUGGGAAGUUGAGAAGAGGGUCCGAAGCCCUCGCCUCAACCCCUACUUUCCACCACCAAGCUAUGCCACAGAUGAUGACAUCGUGUUUGAGGACUUUGCCCGGCUUCGGCUGAAGGGGAUGAAGGAUGAGGACUACGACGACCAGUUCUGCUAGGAAGGGGGGCUGGAAGAAGGGAGUGGAUGGUGCUGGGAGAGGUAGGGGCAGGACCAAGAUCCCCACUGCCAUUGGGGUGGGUCCCAGCCCCUUUUCCCUUCCCCUCCUUCCAGCAGCUUCCUCAACCAACCCCUUUCCUCCCCCCUGACCCUCUCCUAUUUCCCACCCCCCACCCCCCUACACGCACUGGACCCAUCUCCUGUUGAACAUGGGCAUUAAUGUUUGGACUACAGCUUUGCUACCCCAACCCCCCAAUGGGUGGCAAGCUGUGUUCAUACCUAAAAUUUUUGGAGGGGGAUGCUGAAAAGAGGAGUGAUAGUAGGAAAAGGGGGGAGAAAGAACUGCACACUCAUUCCCUCUUGUCACUAUCUGCCUCCCAUUCCUUCAAGCUGAGACCCUUGGCAGGGGCAAGGCCACUUCUUUGUUUCUGAGCAUAAAGAAUAAACCUUUUAAUAGGCA